GGCUAUCGCCUUUAUCCAUUGUUUUAUUUCCGGGGCGAACCACCAAUAACGGAUUUCGUCACUCCAAUUUCUUGGGGCAAGGAUUGCGACUUGCCGCCUGCGCCUGUCAACACUGCUCGGCCAGCCGUCGUGUCCCGUCGAUCUCGUACGACCUGCCUCUGGCGCGAGUCGGGCCUGAUUGAGGGGCUUUUCCAAUCGCUGUCGCUACCCAUCCAUUGACCGCGCGCCCACGACCGACCGACCGACCGACCGACCUCACCUCGCCGGUCCGGCCCCCCGUCUGCGAGCGCCUCUCCGUCGUAUAACUUUCGAGUCCUUGCCACGAAACGAGCCCAUACAUAUACAAGAUGUGUUUCGGAAGUCGCGACAAGGGCGAUGCUGGCGCCGCCCGCUCGCGUGACAUCGACAAGCAGCUCCGCGUGGACGAGAAGAAGAUGAGCAAGGAAGUCAAGUUGCUACUGCUCGGAGCUGGCGAAUCGGGAAAAUCGACCGUUCUCAAGCAGAUGAAGCUCAUCUACGCUCAGGGAUUCAGCAAGAAUGAAAAGCUCGAGUGGAAGCCGGUUAUUUUCAGCAACAUUGUGCAGUCCUUCAAAACGAUACACGAGGCCAUGGUUGAACUCAAUAUUCAAUUCGAGGACCCCGAGAACGAGAAAAACAUGUCUUUGGUCUUGGUUGAACGCGAGAUCAGUGCCCAAGAGCAGAUGCCUCUGGAGUUUCUGGAGCCUGUAAAGGCACUGUGGUCCGAUGGCGGCGUCAAGGCCGCGAUUGCAAAGGGCAAUGAAUAUGCCCUGCACGACAAUUUGGCAUACUUUGUGGAUGAGAUUGACCGCAUUUGGGCGCCAGACUACGUUCCAAACGACCAAGAUCUGCUACGCUCGCGAUUAAGGACGACCGGCAUCACAGAAACCAUCUUCGAUCUGGGGCAGCUUACAUACCGAAUGUUCGAUGUUGGCGGCCAACGUUCGGAGCGAAAGAAGUGGAUCCAUUGCUUUGAGAACGUCAACUGCUUGCUGUUCUUGGUCGCGAUUAGUGGCUACGAUCAAUGUCUCGUGGAGGAUAAGGAUGGUAACCAAAUGAACGAAGCCCUCAUGCUCUGGGAGUCCAUCGCCAACUCGCACUGGUUCACCAAAUCUGCCCUUAUCCUCUUCCUCAACAAAAUGGAUCUUUUCCGCGAGAAGCUGCCAAAGAGUCCCAUUACCAACUUUGGCUUCACCGACUACCACGGUCCCGAAGAUGACUACAAAGCCGCGAGCAAAUACUUUUUGGACAAGUUCCGCGCACUCAACCGCAACACGGAGAAGGAGAUUUACGGCCAUUUCACAAACGCAACCGAUACGAAUCUUUUGAAAAUCACAAUGGGCUCGGUGCAGGAUAUGAUCAUCCAGCGCAAUCUGAAGCAGUUGAUACUGUAAGGGCCCCCCUAACGACACUUGCGCACCUUCUGCCCUACGACAAGUGGUCCUACGCCGACACGGAACAUCCCCUAUAUAUUGGUCAAAUCCUCCCUGUCAUUGCAAUGACGCCGGGGGGGACGGCUCUUCCCAUAUCAUUCUCUGUUCCCUUUCUUUGGGCGCAGGCAUAGCACAAUCAGGCUUACCGGAGGACUCUUAUCAAUUUCCUCUGUUUGAAGACAUAUAGUAUGUACUAACCAAUCGCGCAGCCUGAACUAAGGCUCUGGAGAAUUUAUACAGGAGGC